AUGGCGGCUCCGGACAAUAGCACUCCUGUAACCAUCAAUGGUGGUAUUGUCAAGACGCCUUUGCCUGCAACGCCUUCGAAUGUAAUCAUCACCACAACUGAUGGCAGCAACCAAAACAGUUCCGACCGCCGCCUCUGCUUUGCACCUACCGAGCAAGCACACAACCAUGGAUCAGAUCGUGCACGCCCUCUUCGCACCAUGCCGUUCGACCCUGAGAUCUGGAUCGGCAAUCUCGAAGACCUCGGUCGCCGUGUGUGGCCGCACCCUAGCUACAAGGAAUUGAUCGCACGCUCGCUUACUGGAGACCCGAAGUUUGCGCUCCCUGAUACAGUGGCCAAGAAGAACAGAUUCCGGAGCUUGCGUCUACGGUGCUGUGGUGAUGGCUGUGAUCAGACUACCCACGGCUCAGAUGUAGAGUAUGAGAAACCUUCUCGCUUGGAAACACUUGCCUUUGGACAGACGCAGAAUGUCAUCAUCUAUCCUUUCUAUAUGGGCCUGUCUGAACUCGCUGCACCACAAAAGCUCUUCGCCAUCGUACAUCGUCACGAGACUGGCGGAUACCGGUUCUGGAAGGCUGAUGGCACUUAUCACGAGUCCUACGGGCUUGCCAAAGGAAGUGCCUCUGUGUCUAGUCCAAGAUCAGCCCGCAGCGCCAAUAUUGGUAGUCUGGGCUCUUCGAAGGGUCAAUUGACCAGCACUCCAACCAAAUCGGGUAGAUCGGCAGCACAGCUCGCUGAUGAUCUUGAUACCACGCCAUUGCGCGUUGUGCAAAAGAUGCGCAUGCUCACCAGAAGCAGAGACAUGAGCACACAUGUUGCGGAUGGCCAGACUGAAGAUCCUCUCACAAACUCUUCUGAGCCUCAAUCAAAGCGACGACUUAUCGCUCGCAGACACCCAGCUACUGUGCGUCCCGGACCCAAAUUGGGGAAGCCCGGAGCUAGACGUCCCGCCAAAACCACCACCUGGCAAUCACAGUCGGGCUUUAGUAGCACACAGCAACCGAGUCGCCGUUUGUUGCACAUCAAAGAGAUAUGCAUGCUUGCAUAUCAUCUCAACGGACCGACUUUGAAGCUGAUGUAUGGGAACGACGGCUUCACCGUCGAGUCUGGCGAGGGAUCUUUGAUCGAUCCUACCACCCAAAACCCAUUCCUGAUGACCGGACAACAUGCACAGUAUCUUCUGUACAGCAGACAACAGUCUCUCAAGGUCGUUGUGAGCAACAAUGCUACACGCAAUAUCCACGAGUCUCCUGACGAGAUCACUGGAGGUAUCAUCUUGCUGGAAUUUGGCGGCUCCAGUGCUCGUGAUGAGUUCAUAGCUCGCAUCGGACAAUUGAUUAGAGGCAGUAUCAACUGGAAGAAUGAUUCCAGCCUCGAGCUCGAGCCCAUGUAUCAGGAGCUCUUGGAACAGCUCAACACACGCCGGACUGCCGCGUUCGAAGCCCAGCAGGAGAACACAACCACAAGCCACAAGUCAACCGAGCAGACGAAGUUGUUCGUUGUAAAGAACGAAUCUGAGGUCGAGGGCGGUGAAGUCACAUCCUGCCCGACAGUUGUGACCGAGACUUCCUUGAAUGAUGCCCUAGCAACUCCUGGAGUUCCACAGUUUGCGACACUACCUACCACCCAGACGUUACGUGGAACGUUGCGGUCCAGCAUACCUGUCAAAGCAUCGAAAUCACCAGAUGUUCCAGAAAUCGUCGCCGUUGAUUUGACAGCUUCAUCAAUCAGUCAAGCUCAAGACACGAGCGCCACGAUGUUGUCCGAGCCUAAGAAUCCGAACAGCGAAAUGACAAUGAAGAAGGAGUUGCAGGAUUUGUUACGUGAGAUGUACAUCAAAUACCCUGGCGCGCAGGACGAUGUACUGGUUGAAGAGAUGGCGCUCUCGUUGAAAGUGUCUCUUCUCGGUGGUGAUGAGGAACGUGUGAGAGAGCUCAAGAGGGAGCUGAAGGUGUAUCUCAUCGCCCAUCAUGGUUGGUCCCUGUAA